AUGACAGACACAACAGAAACCGUCGCGGAAAAUGGCGGUAUAUUAGAAAUGACUACCAGUAUCAAUCCCGAAAUCCAAUCCCAAGGAAAUCUAGAUGCGACAACGGAAGUUCAACCAUCCUCAACUAUCAUCACGAAUAGUCCCGAAAGGCGCGGAGUAAAACGACCUUCCCAUGGCGAUAUUAGCGAGGAAGAAGGUGAUCAUAACGAUGAAGAAUCCAAAGAGCCUACCAACGGAACUGAUGCGCCGAAGUUGUCCAAAAACCAACAACGAAAAUUAAAACGUCAAAAAAUGUGGGAAGAGAAAAAGCAAGAAAAGAAAGUUCAGCGCAAAGAGAAGCGACAUGAAAAGCAGGAAAAAAAGAGAUUAGAAAGAGAGGCCGAGAUUGCUGCUGCCGCUGCCGAAGGAAGAGAACCUGUAUUCCAAGAACCAUCUAGGAGACAGCCCAAGUCCGCCACCAAAGUACCUAUCACGAUUAUAUUCGACUGCCAAUUUGAGAAGUAUAUGAUGGGAAAGGAAUUACCAUCUUUGUCGAAUCAGAUCACUAGAUGCUAUUCUGAUAAUAGGAAUGCCCAGUUCCCCGUCCAUAUGUUUAUUAGUUCAUAUGGUGGCGUGAUGAAGGAAAGACAUGAGACCAUCCUUCAGAACCAGUUCAAGGGUUGGAAGAACGUCCAAUUCAUAGAAGGUGACUUUAUCGAGGCUGCUUCUAAAGCCAAGGAGAUAAUGAUAGGACCGUCUGGUGGCACCGUAAUCGACCUCCUUGCACAAGGCGAUGACCGAGAUUCGGUUUCAUUUUCCGAGGUCAGUCAGGGCCCCAAAAAGAAGCAGAAGACUGCUCCGGUUGUAGAACCCGAGGCCGAUGAUGUAGACAAGUCCAUUGUCUAUCUGACUGCCGAUUCACCCUAUACGCUCGAUCGUCUAGAGCCUAAUACCUGCUACGUCAUUGGUGGCAUAAUCGACAAGAAUCGCGAAAAGGGGCUAUGCUACAAGAUCGCACGAAGCAAAAAUGUCCGAACAGCAAAGCUUCCUAUUGGCCAAUAUAUGGUCAUGCAAAGUCGUCAUAUCCUCGCUACGAACCACGUCAUGGAAAUAAUACUCCAGUGGUUGGAGACGGGAGACUGGGGCACUGCCUUCAUGAACGUCAUUCCUAUGCGAAAAGGGGGGAAGCUGAAGGAAGACGAAAAUGCUUCCGAUGCAGGUCUUGAAGGGCCGGAAACUACGCAAGAGGAUGGCCAGGAUCCCCAAGAUCCCGUCCAAGUAGAAGGGGACAACGCCGAAGAUGGCCUUGAAAAGAAUUCAUUGAGUCAACAACGAUGGUCAGCGCCACCGAUUGAACAAGAAGCAAAAGCAGAAGCAGAAGCACCUGUCGGCAACUCUCUUAGCUGA